AUAGAAAUACAAAAAAAAAAACAUCUUUGUGAAACAAAUUUUUUUCUUCUAAAAAGUCUAUCUUAAUGGAACGGAUUGAACAAUAAAUAAAUACUUCAUCCGUUUCACAAAGAUAGACUUUUUAGAGAAAAAAAUUGUUUCAUAAAGAUAGACUUUUUUAUAUUUUAUAUGAAAAAAUUGUGAUUUUCGAGAAAAUUAAUUGAUUUUAUUGAAUUACUAUUGAUUACAAAUUAUUGAAAAUUGAAAAUUCUAGAAAAUAUAUAUUUAUUAUAGUGAUUUAAUGUGUUUUCUUCAUACAUGUGAAAACACUAACAAAAUCUAUUUUUGUGAAAUGGAAAAAGUAUUCCUUAUAAAUUAUUUACCAAGUGAUUUUGACAUAUGUUAUCACUACAUUAAUUUUGAAAACAAAAUGAUGAUAUGGUUAGCUCCCAAAGCUAACCUGUUUGAAUCAUCUUAAUGAAAACAUGGAGUUUGCCGUAAAAAAAAAAGUUUACUCUUAAGCAAAGUUUAAAUCGAUACCUUUGAAAAAAACAUCUAUAUUGCUUGAUAUAAAUGGCACUAAACCAAUUGCAAAAACUGAAAUCUUCAAUGGCUCUAUGCUAAACUAGGAGAACUAUUAGAUCAAGCAAAUAAGCUCCUCAAAUUAGUGGAGUUUGUACGUUAUCUUUACUCGUUUCUACGUUAAGUCGUUGACUUUUUGUUAAUUCCCAUUGGUUUAUUUAAAAGAAUUAAAAGGACAUAAACUUUGAACAAAAUAUCGUCCUCGUGAGUGAGCAGUGUGGGAGGAGGCCACGAUUCACGAUGGGGAAUAAGGCAAAUAUGAUCUUAUUAUGGGCUAUGCUCGUUUCAGUUGCGGCCAUGGCCACGCGGCAUCGUCCCUUUCAGCGGACUAAGGGCAUCAAUGGUCUCGAGAAGAUCAUUGUCCGCGACCCUCGCGGCCGAUCUUUCGAGGUUUACUUGUAUGGAGGUCAAGUGACUUCUUGGAAGAAUGAGAAAGGAGAGGAUUUACUUUUUAUGAGUACCAAGGCUAUAUUCGAGCCUCCAACACCUAUUCGUGGAGGGAUUCCAGUAUUGUUUCCGCAAUACGCUAACACUGGUCCACUUACCUCACAUGGAUUUGUCAGACAAAGGUUCUGGAAAAUUGAUGCUAAUCCACCUCCUUUAUCAUCACAUCCUUCUUCUACUGCUCACAUUGACCUCAUCUUAAAAUCAUCCGAAGCUGAUUUGAAGAUCUGGCCUCAUAAAUUUGUAUAUCGACUGAGAGUAGCAUUGGGGCAUGGUGGAGACUUGACUUUGACGUCUCGUAUUAGAAACUCUGAUGCAAAGCCGUUUAACUUCACAUUUGGUCUUCACCCCUAUUUCUCUGUUUCCGAUAUCAGUGAAAUCCAGGUGGAAGGAUUGCAAAUUUUGGAUUAUCUUGACCAACUAAAGAACAGAACACGUUUCACUGACCAUGGCAAAUUUAUAACUUUUAAUUCACAGCUUGCGAGGCUUUACCUAAGGACUCCAAACAAGAUCAGAAUCGUGGACCACAAGAAAAAGAAGACAAUCGUGGUACGCAAGGAAGGACAAGCUGAUGCAGUGGUGUGGAAUUCAUGGGACAAGAAAGUGGUCGAUUUGGGAGUUGAAGAUUACAGACGCUUUGUUGCUGUGGAACCAGUUGCGGUCGAAAAACCGAUCAUAUUGAAACCUGGACAAGAGUGGAAAGCGAUUUUCCAAGUAUCUGUGGUUCCUUCUGGUUGCUCCAGGAAGUCAUGCAUUCCUCAUACUUAAAAAUGUCGUUAAAGAAAUACUUCAGGUCAGGAUCCACACCUGACCUUACCAGUGUCUUUUUUUUUUUGUAACUUUAGUAUUCUUGGAUCAAGUUAUCGACAAUAAUUGAUAUUUUCAAUAAUGAUCAACUUUUAUAUC